AUGGCUGAGAGUGUGCUGCCAAUGAUAGAGAGUAGGAUAUCGAAUCUGGCCAAGGGCCUCAACGAAUACUAUAUUCUUACAAUGGUUCUUGGGCUUGUGAAGUCAAGGUUAGGGACGGAGAGGACCCCAGCCUUUGGUGCAGAGGCAAUGGAGAGGAUUACAAGGAUCAUGAUAAUACUUGCGUCGAUACGGAAAUCGAUAGGGACUGCAACUGGUCGUAACAUCGCUGAGCCUUCUCUUAUGACCAAUACAAAAUUGAUGGCAUCGAGGGAUGCUAUUACUGAAUUUCCUGAACCGUCUGUUGAGCAAGAUAUGGAAGCAAUCGAUUUUAGCAUUUUCGAAGAUUUCGAUCUCUUUGAAGGUGGCAUGGAUCUAGACGCGCUUGAUAUGUGGGCCGCUGAUGUCAACCUCUUCACAAAUGGUGAACCUGAAUGUGCUACAAUAUCAGAAAAUAACUGA